AUGUCAACCAAAAUUCUCUCACUCCGUGUUGCGAGAAAACCCCAGAUUUUUGCGGCAAGCACGACCGACUCGGAUUCCACCAAGCGAUGCAAGAAGAUACCUUUCCGACGUGCCGAUGCUGCAGCAAAAUGGGUUGGAGAGAAGGUCCGCGCGGUGUUGAAGGCAAAGCACCUCAUCGAGGUCCGCUGGAACGAAAUCGACGAUGAGGUAUAUGCCACUGCGGAGAAUGCUGCGAAAGAACUCGAACGAGUCUACGUGGCGGAGAGCACCACCACCGAUGAAUUCCAAAACCUCAUCCGUACCAUCAAAGUCUCGCGAGCCAACCUAUCGAGAAUCGAGCCAAAGCCCAAGCCAAUCCCUUACAAGGUUCGACCGGUCGCAGAGACAAUGAGCAUUGCCGCCAGCAAAUGGCUUUCAAAGAUGAUGAUGAAGCGGGACAAGCCAAGGGGUACGUUGAAGAACAGAGAUAUUGUUAUUAGGGCGGAGUUUGGAACGAAGGAGGUCAAAGAGUGGACUUGGAACGAUGACACGGAAGGGGAGAGUUGGGAGGACUUUGGAAUCGAGCAGCAACAUGCAGAGAUUGGAUGGGACGAGAUAUGCUACAGAGAAAAGCCAUCCGUCAAGGCUGUUUCGUGCUUUCAGCCAUCGCGCCUUAGAUGGUCAUUGACCGUUCGUGAGGAGCGAGCGAGAGCCGAGUUGGUUGGGUAA